AUGCAUUUGACAUUGCUGCUGAUCCUGCCGCUUCUACUACUGCUGACAAGUUACCCCUUGACGAGCCGUGGUGAGAGAGUAGCACUGUGCGAACGAAGCAAGAACUACAUGAACGAAAGACUUUUCCAGCUCGGUGGAACAAGGAAAAACUUACUUUUUCUACAUUUAAAAAAUAGCAUGUAUUCGUUUAAAGAGAAGGGAAAAGUAAACAAAACCUUAAAAAAAGAAAAAAUGAAUUUCUGUAAGGUAGAUUUAGAUGAAUUCUGCUAUAAACAAUUUGAUAGGACGAAAAAAUCAUGUUCAUACAUUCCAUAUGACAAAAAUGAUUUUAUACUUAAAGUUAAUGAACUAAUUAAGCAGAAGAAAAUAAAAGUAGUACCAGGAUAUGCUGAAUUUUGUAAACAUAUUUUUGUUGAAAAUUUUACAGAUGCCACAGUUGAAACAGUAGAAAUUAACAACAAAAAUAGAGAUUUAAUAAAAACAGAUUAUAUAUCCAGGAGAGAUAAUGAAUUACCUGUUCUAAUCAGAUGGAUAUCCAAAAAAGAUGUAAAAGAUUUACUUAAGGCCAAAUAUUUAGACUUAAUAUUAUAUUCCAGAGAACAAAUAGAAAGAGAAAAUAAAGAAACAAAAACUAUACCCAAUAAGAGAUCAGAUUGCUUAUAUUCUAUCAUUUGCAUAAAGCCACAAAAUGAAGAUUAUGAAUUACCUAUGACACCUAUUACCAUGUUGAGGAACACACUUAUCAGUGAGGGUGGAAGUGGAAUUAACUUAAAUCGUGACAAGUACUUAGAGUCUGUCAAAUACUGGAGACACCACGUGUCCAUCAUUGAUAACUAA